CUAUCUUUGUAUAUUUACAUAUAUAAAACACAUAUAUAAAUAAGACAGUGCUCUACAACUUCAAGGUGCGUGGGGGAGGUUCGAGCAAAAUAUUUACGGCAUACACGGGAGUCGUGUCAUGAUAACUUCAAAUAGAAGAAAAGAAACGAAAAUCAACAAAAUUCCGUUGGUAAACAUACGGAAAAUACGAAAUUAAUGCGCCAGCAUGCGACCAGUUGAUGGCCACUUCCCGUAUACAGAAAACCUGGUGAAAACACUUCUGAAUGGAUUUAGGUGCAAUUCGCACCGAUAAGCGAGAAACUAGCACCUGCUGUUGAGUCAUCAGCUUUCAGCCAAAUUGGCCAAAAAAGAAGGCCAGCUGUCGUUAGAACCACCCAAAUUGCUGUCCAGGUACCAAGAGAGCGCCAGAGCACACACACACGCAUCCAGUAGUCCGAAAACCAGCAUAUUUCGACAAUAGCACCAAUGGAAGACUACAAGUUCCUUUUCAAAAUCGUCCUAGUUGGGAAUGCGGGCGUUGGAAAAACCUGCCUUGUUCGCCGCUUUACCCAGGGACUGUUUCCACCGGGCCAAGGAGCCACCAUUGGCGUGGACUUCAUGAUCAAGACGGUGGAGGUCGAGGGCGAGAAAAUCAAGCUGCAGAUCUGGGACACCGCCGGCCAGGAGAGAUUCCGAUCCAUCACCCAGAGCUACUAUCGAUCAGCCCAUGCUUUGAUAUUGGUCUACGACAUCAGCUGUCAACCCACCUUUGACUGCCUCCCGGAUUGGCUCCGCGAGAUCCAGGAGUAUGCGAACUCAAAGGUGCUUAAGAUUCUGGUCGGAAACAAGACGGAUAGGGAUGAUCGCGAGAUUCCCACGCAGAUCGGGGAGGAGUUUGCCAAACAGCACGAUAUGUACUUCCUGGAGACAUCCGCUAAGGAGGCGGAAAAUGUGGAGCGGCUGUUCUACGAGAUAGCCGCCGAGUUGAUAGGUCAGGCAAGGAGUAAGGAUGGCAGCAGUUCGGCUGCGGCGGCGGCAGCUCAGCGACAAUCUGAGGGCAGUUCCAUUGGGCUGGGAAGCUUCAGUGCCAAGGCGCAGAGCAAUUGCUGCGGAGGACUCGCCACUGGCGGCGGUGGCUCCAACUCUAGUCAAGCGGGCUGAGCUAUAUACUGAACUGGAAACUGAGCAGCUACAUAUAACUAGUUUAGGACUAAUCGUGAUAUUCCAUUGAUCUUUUAUUACCAUCAAGCUCUCCAAUUCUAAAUCCUAUUAUUCAUUUGUUAUACUUGAUUUAACCUAAAAUAUUUAAGUAACCAAUUAUCACGAUUGAGAUAUAAUACCAAGGUGCAAACUAAAGUAAAAAAUUCAGAAGCUAACCUAUAGUUAGAAGUUCUAAUCGUGAUAUUCCCUUUGCUAUAUUCUCUAAA